GAGAAGAUCGUUGGAGAUUGAUUCUUAUGAGGGAAGACUUACAAGACUUUUACAACUUCCCCCAAUUUGCAACUCAAUAUUGUCACUAUAAGUUAGCAACCCCAACGAUACAACACUGGCAGUUGAGAGAUUUGGUUCACUGUGAAAACUCGGAGGAGGUAUACAUAACCGAAGGGUUUGGAAUAUACAAAGUCAACUUGAAGAAACAAGUGAAGACACUUGUUCAUCAGUUGGAAUUUAAGCCAACUUGCUUUUCCAUUUACGAAGGAGUAUUAGCAGCUGGUGGACAAAGUGGAAAGCUAAAAGUUUUGCGGUUGGAAGACGGCAGAAGCUUCUUUGCGGGAAAUGUGGGAAACCAAGUCAACAAUUCUGUCUUACUUACUAAGAGAAGAGAUGAAAAGUUGUUAUUUCUUGUAAAUAAUAAUUGUGCACUUCAUUGUUUUCGUUUGGUCGAAGAUUGUUCGUUGGAAAUGGUCGGGCUUUGCUGUUUUGAAAGUCCUACUUGUUUAAAUCAUGUGGCCCUGUCCCCUGACGGCAGAUUGUUGCUUACCGUUGGAGAUAGUGGAGAAUCUUUUAUUUAUAAUGUAGAGGGAGAUUUUAGUAUCCUUUCAUCGUUUCGCAUUUCUUUGGAACCAGUAGUGUCGUGUAGUUGGAGUGCCGAUGGUCACCUUUUUGCGGUAGCAAGCCAAGAUGAUCAUGUUUAUUUGUUUGACAGUGCAACAGAAAAAAGGAUUGGAAAACUUUCAAGUCGGCAGUCAAAUGGAUUUAGAGGUGCCUGUCGCUGUGUCAAAUUCUCGCCUUGUGGAGUUUUAGACCUCAUGGCUUUUACUGAACAUGCCAACUGCGUUCAUUUGGUGGACAUUCGAGACCUGUCAAGAAGCCAACCUGAAUUUAUUGGAGAAACGGAACGAGAUGUCGACAUAGCUGGCCUUUGCUUCAAUCCACACGGAGACAAGUUGUUUGUAGGCUGUAGCCAAGGCAUAUAUGCAUAUUAUAUCGGUACCGCACAAAGACGAAGUUUUGGAAAGGGCGAUUUUACUUGAAGCAUUUCUCUUUGAGAUAGGGCCAUACUCAUAUUGUGUCAUGAAUGCUAUACAGUUUGGUGCCAUAUGAACACAAAUAACGAAUGACAUAUGUCGGCUUGCAUAUCUAAUGUGACA